CACCGGAUAUGACGUUUGGAACACAAACGGUCGGUUUUGUUCAACGGGUUAGAGUUCUCCAAAAAUUGAGCAUUUAGCUGUUUUUUCCUUUUAUUUAUGACAUAACUAAGGUUUUAUUUCACGCUUUAACCGUCGGACUAGGUUACAAUGGUUGCUGCGGCUCGAAAGGAACGGAUUUUGGACUCUGAGAGAAGUCAUGUUAGCCUAAUUAGCAUUCAAACUCGCUUUUGUGAAAGUGCCCGGUAGCAUUUUUGAGGAAAAUGAAGAGAAAAAUGUCGAAAUUAAGAUUGAGUCCCAACGAAGAGGCUCGUAUAAUACGCGAGGAGCUUGACAGGCGGAGGAAACUACGGAUCCAGCAGGUGCGGGAGCAGCAGCGGCAGAUUGCGCUGCAGAUCCGGCGGGAGGUGGAGCAGCGGCGGCAGCAGGAGCUGCGGCAGCUGGAGGAGCAGCUGAGGGAGGACUGGGAGAGGCGUCAGAGGGAGAAGCUGCACACGCUGCAGAGUUUGUAUCUGGAGAGCUUGCAGCUCAUCGGUCAGAGCCACAGAAGCGCCAAGGAAACCGUGAGCUAGCAGAGGCUUCCUAGCUUAGCAGAAGUUGAGCUGGCAGCUGCAGCUCAGAGAGAGGAGGAGCAUCAUGCUAAAGCAGAGGAGCGAUACUGUGAAGCUCUGAAGGAACUGAAGAUCCAAAAAACUAAAGAGCAGGAGAGACAGAAACGAUCCAUCAAUGCGAGGAAGAAAGCGCUGCAGACGGAGAAGGAACGAUCAGCUAAAGUGGCCAGACUCCCGCCGCCUCCGCCUGAUCCCAUCCAGGACAUCGAUCCCAGGAAGUCCCACAUGGUGAAGAGGUCGAAUCUGAACGCCUUCGCUACCACUCGCUAUCACAUGCCAGAGAGCGCCGUGGCGAAGGAGCCGGAGGCGCUGCAGUCUGAUGCCAGACUGGAAGCUGACCUGGAGUCCAGGAGGCUGCAGGAGCUCCAGAGGGAGGAGGACAGGAGGAGAGAGGAGCAGCUGGAGAAGGCCCGGGUCAGAGGGAGGCAGGCCCUGAGGAGGGAGCGGCUGGAGCAGGACCGGGAGCGCCUCCUGGUGGAGCUGCAGCACCUGCAGCAGACCGACCUGCUGCGGCGGAGGCAGCAGGUGUCCCGGAUGCCACCACAGAUCUUCCAGCCUCUCUACCAGAGGCAGGAGGCCAGGGAGGAACUCCAGAGGGAACUGGAGUUCGCCUUCGAGGACAUGUACACCGGAGAGAGACGGGUAAAAGGUGACCUGGUGGUCCAGCUGGUACCGGAGCCUCUCCCAACCUCAUCCAGCACCGGCCAGGAUCUGGAUCUGGACCCGGAUCAGGACCUGGAUGUCACUGUGGAUGAAAACGCCGAACCCGAAGCAGAAAAUAUUCAGAAUGACUUUGGGGAUGAAGUUGAAGGCAGAGAGCAGGAAGCAGCAGAUGGCGCAACUCCUCCCAGACAGGCGCUCCGGAAACUCCUGGAUCGGAUCCGGAGCCAAAGAACCGACUGGAUCAACGGCAGCAGCCGGGUUCCUGCAGCAGAUUCUCCGUCCGUCGACACAGAGCUGAUCCCAGAGCGAGACAUGAGCAUCGAAACUGGAUCUCUGACCCCCGAGGCGCUCAGUGAACCCGGCGUCCCUGCACCGACUGUGGAACCAGCAGAACCGCCGCCAGCAGCAAAACGUUCACUUCCUGCCAAUUUUCUGAGCAGAAUCCAGGAAGCCGAAGAAGAACGGAAGAAGCGGGAAGCAGAGCUGGAGGUGGAGAAGCAGCAGCAGGUUGCUCUCCUCCAGGAACUGGAGGAGCAAAAAGCCGAGCUGGAGCAGAUGCUGCAGGAGGCUCAGAGGGAGAGGGAGCAGCUGAGAGCUGCUGCCCAGCAGGAGGCGCUGCUCCUCCAACCACAGGUUCCUGUCCAGGACCGCUCCCCGAUCAGCUUAACCUCUGAGGAAGAAGCGGUGGCUGCAGAGGAAGGCGUGUCCACCAGGAGGCUCAGACAGUACCAGCAGCGCCUGCUGGAGCAGAACAGGAUUCACCAGAGAUCCGUGGAAGUGGCCCGGCAGCGGCUGGAGGAAUACCAGCGAGCUCUCCGGAUUCGCCACAAUCUGACCGCCACCGCCUUGCUGAGGCCUCCCGUUCACCCUGCGUUCCUCGCUCCCCCGUCUGAAAGUCACCCAGCGACACCCUCGGUGCCUUCAGGCGUGUCACUUCCUGCUUUCAGCAGCAGCGCCGGCUCCAGCGUACCGUCCAUUACGAACCGGUUCAACUCACUGAGACCAGACGCUGCUUCGCUCGCCGACAGCCAGAGUGGGAAGAAAAUCCAGAAAUCUGAAAUACUUCAUAAUCACAUAAUGGAGCGAGUAGCGAAGCACCUGCCGGACAGACAGAGAGCUUCGCCGGUCGCUGCAGGGCCGUACGAACCCGACGCCGCACACGGGUCAGCCAGCACCUCGGCCACCUUUGACCCGAUGACCCUGACCUCCAGAGAGGCGGACCGCAGGAGACGGGUCCGCCUGCAGGAGGCCCAGAGACGGGUGGUGGAGCAGAGGGCGGCGCUGACGCUACAGAAGGAGCAGCAAGAGGAGGAGAGGCGCAGAGCGGAGGAGGAGCUGCAGCACAUGAGGAGGCAGAAGGAGGCGCUGCAGGCUCUGAUCGACGCCGAUAGACGAAGCGGUUCCGAUUCUCCCAGUGAAGCUUCGGACCCACAGGAGGCCGAGCGGAAACGGCUGCAGCUGCUGGCGACUCUGCUGAGAGCCAUAGAAGAGUCGAAUGGAGGAAGUCUGUCCCACUUAGAGGAGCCGGAGGACGGAGACGACUCCCUUCAGCCCGAUCUUAAAGGAAGAGCUCCUCUGGUUCCGAGCGUCGUUCCUCCAGAACCUUCUGGACUCCUCCAUCCUCCACGGAAUCAGAAGCCUCCAGUGACGCGGGUCAAACUGGGUUUCAAGUGGAUGAUUCCUCAACAACAUGAGCUCAGCGCCAUCCAAGAGGUGGAGACUCCGGUCAACAUGAGUCGGGUUACAGGCUGUAGACCCAAUUCUGCUGAACUGCGGCUUGUCUUUUCUGGUCCAGAAGACGACGAUCCUUCACACCCGCAGGAAGGUUCAGGAUUUUUCUCCACAGCUGACAGGACUGCGCUGUCUGUGUCUGUCUCCAGCUGUAGACCCGAUUCUGCUGGGAGACGGGUCGCCUUUUUAGGCCCAGAAGAUGACAUUCCUUCAAUCCCAGCAGACUACAACCUGCGGUGUCGUUCUGCCAAGAGACGGGUCGUCUUUUCAGACACUGAAGGCGACAUGCGUGCCCGCUCAGCAGACGGUAAUCUGCAGGAUUCAGUACAUGACACAAGACAGUCUGGGUCUGUCUCCAGCUGUAGAAAAGACUCUGCUGGGAGACGGGUUGUCUUUUCAGGUCCAGAAGACGACGUCCCUUCACGCCUAUCAGACGUUAACCUGCAGGAUUCUUCUGCCAAGACACGGGUUGUUUCUUCAGGCCCAGAAAAUGACUUUCCUUUAUGGCCUGCAGACUUUAGUCUGGAGGAUGAUUCUGUAUCUUUAUCCACGUCUGACAGGACUGCGCAGUCUCUGUCCGUCUCCAGCUUUAGAGCGGAUUCUGCUGGGAGACGGGUCGUCUUUUCAGGUCCAGAAGACGCCGUUCCUUCACUCCCAGCAGAAGUUAACCUGCAGGAUGGUUCUGUUGAGAGCCGGGUCGGGUCGGAGACCUCCUGCCGUCUUCCCUGGAGGGAGCGACUGCUGUCUGGAGCAGCAACGACUCCAGAGUCGUCUGAUUCCGAUUCAGCCAUGAAAGCGACGUCACCGCCUUGUUCUGAUUCUGGAAGAGGAGCCGACUCCAGAUUCCCCUCAGAGGGUCUCUGCAGGUUCGCCGGUUCCGACUGCCUCUCCUCCACCACCAUCUCCAGCGGCAGCUACGUCUCCACCGACCCGGAACAAAAUGUCGCAGACGACCCUCGGCUCUUCAACCCAACUGGACCGGGUUCUGGUGGCGUUUCCUGUGCAGGUUUUCGGGACUCGUCCGUCCCCGCUGGUCCGCCUGUAGACUCGGUGUUUAACGACAGCGUCAUCCAGCGCAUCAUCGAUAAAUACACCAGAGAGCUCGACGUCUCGCUCAGCGCCGCAGGAACGACUACAGACAGCGACGCUCUGGAGGAGUCCGGCUCUUCGCUCUCUCAGCCGUCCAGGACGGAGGAUGAGACCUCAGCUCGUCGUCGGGACGUCCGGCGCCACCCACCGGCUGGUCAGGACCCGAACCCGGAGCAGACGACCCCGGGUCAUCCCGCCCUGGAGCGUUUCUGUCCCGUCGACCCGGAGCAGAACCCGUCCUGCUUAGCUCCAGAGAGGCUUUCGGUUCUGGAGCGGUUGGUCGGCCAGCCAUCGGCUCACUCCUCCAUGAUCGGUGCCAGGCCCGGUCCGCCGGAUCGGAGCGGCUGGGACUCCACUCUGAGCCGGAUGAUCGGCCGAUUGUCCCAACAGUCCGACUCUCCGGGUCCGGGUUUUUGCGCUGGUCAUGACACGUCGGAACGGUCCUGGUCAGAUGAGCUACCGGAGGAGAUCCGGAUGAGGGUUCUGGUCGGAGAGCUGCAGGUCUCUGCCGAUCAGCACAGUGAAAGCUCCGGUGAACGAAGUUCUGCAGCUGAGUCCAGAGAACCAUCAGGACUGCAGCGUCGCCUGGCUGGGAGUCCGCCCGCCUCGAACCCGGUCCUGCAAAACCGAGCCGGUCUGGAGGACCUGGACCCGCACGGCGCCGACGAUUCGUUUCACCUGCUGCAACCAGAAAUCACCCACAACGAAACCGCUGAGCCCUCUGUGACCUUUCACCUUCCUGAUCUCAACACCUCUGACGAUCCGUCGCUAGAGCAGCUGAGAGUGGAGGAGCCGCACGGCCGCAGAGAAGUUCAGGAGUCCUUCUCCCGGCUCGUCAUCUCCGAGUGCGUCCAGCAGGACCCUGUCCUGAUGUCGUCCCCCGCCCCGGGGACGCCGCCCCACAUGUCCCCCGCCCCGAGGACGCCGCCCCACGUAUCCCCCGCCCCUAGGACGCCGCCCUGUGGUUUCGGGGAAGCGUCCGCUCUUGGCUCGUCGGAGACAAAAUCCUCCAGAGUUUCCGUCCCAGUCUGUGAACAUCAGGAGGUUUUCUCCACCUCAGAAAUCACACCGGAGUCAGACGGGGAGAGGGGCAUCCUGGAGCAGUCUCAGAUCACGUUGGUGAGUCUGACGGACACGACGCUCCAGGACGCGGUCGCCACGGACGACGAGGGACUGCAGGACAGCGAUGGUCCAGACAGCAUCACAGAUGGACAGGAAACCAUGGAAACGGAGCCAACAGAGGGGGCUGAAUCCACGUUGGCUCAUCAGACGUCAUCAGCGUCCCUCCAGGAGUCCCUCUGGAGUCCCGGCAGGAACCUUCAGGACUUCUUCCAGCAGCGGCGCCGGGUUCUCAUGCAGCGGUCCGACCGCCGCGUUCAGGAGAUCAAAGCCAAGCGGGCCGCCGCCAGGAAUGGACCCCCGAGUCGGGUUCUGGUCGAAGGACGGGACCCGGGUAGAGUCGCGGUCCAGACCGUCCCCAGGAAGGAGACGACAGAGGACAGGAAGAGAGCGGAGAGGAAGCUCCGCCCACCUCCACCAGGUCGCCGCUCCAGUCCUCAGAUCGGAACCGACGUUCGGAUCAGCGAUCCGGAUCAGAGGAAGCGGAACCUGUCAGAGAUGCACCAGCGGACCCAGAGGCUGUACGAGCAGCUGGAGGAGGUGAAGCAGCAGCGAGCGGCCCGCAGCCGGCAGGAGGACUGGGCCAGGAACCGGCUGAGGGCCAAGGAGUUCCACAGGGUAGGAGCGUUUCCACCUCCGGGUUCUUGCAGCAGAACUGCAGCUCACUCUGAUUUCCCUCCACAGAAAACGCUGCAGAAGCUCCGAGCCAAGCAGACACCAACGUUUUAAUUUAUCACCUUUAUUUAAUAAAAACUCAGAUUGUUUUAAAGAUCCGGCUCAGACUAAUGUUUGGCAAAAUAGACAUUCAUUCAGAUGAGUUUAUUAAAGAAACAUAAUUGGUUUGCAAAAAGAAAC